AUGGUGGCCGAUGCAACAGAGAGCUCCUCUCCUAAUGACCCCCUAACCUCGCCCUCGCAUCGAUCCAUUGCCUCCGGCACCACUACGAAUCCUAACACACCCAGGCCAGAACCGGAACCAGAAUCAGAACAUGACGCUGAACAGCAAAGACUUCCAGAGCAAGCUUCUAAUCAGGCAAGAUCCAGUCCAUCCCCGAGGCGACACACAAACACCGAAGUUGCACCCGCCGAUGCGCAGGCUUCCCCAUCUCCCAAAAGCAGCAGUUCUGGCGCCCCCUCUAUCGGGCACAUCGAACCAACAUGGCCCAAGAAAAUCGACUUGACCAAGAUAUCUGCUCUCGCGUCGUGGGAGACAGGGCAGCGCCUGCCCAGCCUGCUCUUGGACAUACACUGGGUGCCCGCUUCCAACAAGGCCUUCUUUGAACUGCGCGCCUCGGUCCAGCUCAAGAACGCCCCUGGCCUCCGUCGUGACGGCAGAACCAACAUAUUCAUGCACGUAUAUCCUGAGCACAUCCGUCAGCUCUCAUUCGAAGCGGAACCCGACGACAAGAUGCUGGGCAAUGACACAAUUUCGCUGUCCUUUGACAUGUCCAGACCACCGACUCUGGUGCUACCACCAAAGCAGUGCGAACCCAAGAAUAAGUCAUCUGGGCACAUCAUCACCUCCAUGUUUGACUUGGCCCGUCAGACGUCUUGGACCGUAUACGCUGCCAUCCCGACCCGGAGCAUGUCUGCUGCGCGGAUACGGCAGCUCUGCGCUGCCGUCUCGGAGCCGUCAGCCACUAGCAUCGCCGCCCUGAAAAGUGCGGCUACGCUCUACCAGGGCCAAGGGGGCCGUAUAGUCGAAGGAGACAGUCUGGCACCUAGCACCGCUGGCGACGAUCUACCUGCUAGUGCUAAUAGCGAAGUGCACGAUGACCCUCCACAGUACCAAGAGGCUGCAUCUGCCCCUCCUUAUCCAGGCCUCGACAAAGGCAAGAAACGUCUUCGUCGCAGCAGCAGUCCCCCAGAAUCCCGCAAACAGAGUGCAGGAGAUCCUGCGGGCAUCGAGAGCCUCAUCCACUCCCGUCUAUCUGCCUUAGAACAGCACUUUGAUGACGCCCUAGCGGCUCACAGGAAGGAGAUGGUUGAACUUGUGUCACAGAGCGAGUCUCGCAUCAUGGCUACUCUUCGGAAAGAAAUGGGUGAGCAGUCAGCUGAGGUAGAGGAGUCCCUUGACAAGAGGGUGAAGGAAGAAAUGGCAGAGUUAGAGGAGACUGUCAUGCGGAACAUUAGCGAGGCGCCGCUGCAGGCCACUCUGUCGUUUCCUGCACACCCUUGGUACUGA